AUGCCGAAGGGCCGCCUGCAGCCGUUCUCGCUCGUCUUCCACCCCAAUGGCAAGGACGAGGACGACGGACCCUACAGGAGCAGGGCCCUUCCGCCGACCGCAGCCCCAGUGGAUGUGGAGAACUCGAACUUCGCUGGGCGCAUGCUGCUGCUGCACGACACUGGGAACGAGCCUGAGCCGACGAACGUGGAACCCGCCCUCCGCAAGGGCCUCGUGCUCCGAAUCCAGGGCAAGUUCAGGAAACCGACGACCGUGGGUGAUCUGCGUGCCUCGUUGGGGUCUGUGCAAGCGAAGGCGUCAGUGGUUCUAGAGAGGUGGCAUUCUCGUAGCACCGCCGUGGCUGUUCAGAAAUUCGGCCCCGGAGCUGCAUCCCACCUGUCCCGUCGGAAGAUAUGGUUCCUCGACGAGCAUGGUGCAGUUUGCUUUGGACCAUUGAUGUUGCAAACCUGGUUCCAAGUGUACACGUGUAUGUUUUAA